UAUCAGAUACUCCAGUUGGAACAACAGCAUUAAUGAGAUCUUUUGGAUGGGAUUCAUCAGAUUGUUUUAUGCCUCAUGAUGUACAGGAGUUUGAUAGAUUGCUACUAGAUAAUUUAGAGGGUAAAAUGAAGAAUACUAUUUCAAAACUAUUUGUAGGAAAGAUGAAGAGUUAUGUUAGAUGUAUCAACGUAAAUUAUGAAAAUUCGCGUAUUGAAGAUUACUAUGAUAUUCAACUCAAUGUAAAAGGGUGCAAAACUUUAAAUGAUUCUUUCCUAGAACAUAUUCGUGAAGAAUCUUGUGAAGGAAAUAAUAAAUACCAAACUAAAACAAAUGGUUUGCAAGAUGCAAAGAAAGGAGUAAUUUUUGAAAGUUUUCCGCCAGUACUACGAAUACAAUUAAAACGGUUUGAAUAUGAUAUGCAAAAAAAUACUACAGUUAAGAUAGCGAUAAAUCAUAAUUAUUUGCUUCAUGGAGUAAUUGUUCACAGUGGUGGCUUACAUGGAGGCAGUUAUUACGUUCUUUUAAAACCAGAAAAGAACAGCAAAUGGUUCAAAUUUGAUGAUUUUAGAGUUAUACCUGUAACAGAUAAAGAAGUACUUGAAGAUAAUUACGGGGGUAAAAUAGCAAUUGGAAAAAAUCUUAACCGAUUUGCAAGUGCAAAUAUAUUAGUAUAUAUCCGUGAAUCUGAUAUCGAUUUUGUACUAUCUCCGGUACUUGAUAAAGAUAUACCAGAACAUUUGCGAAGACGCAUAACUGAAGAGAAAGCUUUAGAUGAACAGAGAAGAAAAGAAGCUGAAGAGCGUCAUUUAUAUUUGUCUAUUAAGGUUGUGGUUCCGGCUACUUUUGAGCGUCAUCAAGGAUUUGAUCUCGCUAAUUUUGAUGAUCAGCAAUAUUCAAUAUCUGAAGUUCCACAAUUUAAGGUUUUAAAAAGUGAAGCAUACAGGACUUUAAAAACUAUGGUUGCUCAAAAAAUCGGGAUUCCAUCUGAGCAAACAAGGUUGUGGGUUUUGGUAAAUCGGCCUAAUAAAACUGUCAGGCCAGAUGCUCCAAUACCAGACCAUUUUCUUGACAUGACAAUGGAAAAAAUUUACAAGAAAAUGGCUUUGAAUCAAAAUGAACAAGAAUUAUUUUUAGAG